AUUUCUUCCAUUCAUUCCAGAUAGCUUUCCAAAAAUUUUUGAAAUCCUGGUGUGCGUUGCGCAUGCGAACUGACAAUAAAAAUGAAAGUGACCAUUGUGAAGUGGAAGGCGGUGGCAUCUUGGAAAUGGCAGGCGAAUGACGAUAAUUGCGGAAUCUGCAGAAUGCCUUUUGACGCCUGUUGCACAGAUUGCAGUUUACCAGGAGAUGACUGUCCCGUUGUCUGGGGUCAAUGUACUCAUUGCUUCCAUAUUCAUUGCAUCAUGAAAUGGCUAAACGCCCAGCAAGUCCAGCAGCUGUGUCCCAUGUGCAGACAGGAAUGGAAGUUUCAGUGAUACCGUCAUUUCGUCUUCGGUUGUAUGAUUUUUUGAAUACAACUGAUUUUUAUACUGUCCUCUUUUCUUUUCUUCUUUGAGGCUUCGUGAUGUUUGAGUAAUAACAUGUGACGCACCUUUUUGUUGUUUUUCUAAGUUCUAAUUCGAAGUCUUCAUGCAUUUUUCUUGGGGAAAGGGGGUAAUUUUUUUAAUUUUUUUCCUCAGAGCUUUUUUUUGCUUCUCCCGAAAGAAAUUUCCGUCAGCAAUAUGUUCGAUGGAAAUUUUCUGUCAAAAAAAUUGGAUGCGUCUCUUUCGUGAGCAUCAUGAUUCCUCCAGGGAAAAAAUUUCGGCUUUUUGUCGUAUAUGACGGGGUUUUUGUUUUCUGGAAUAACUAGGUUGGCUGAGCGUCAGUUUCGAAAAAUAUCGCUUGUCUCCUUUUCAAUUAUUGAAUAUCGUAGUAAACCAGUUUCAAUAUCCUCGAAACCAGAUGUCGACGGAAACGUACUUGUUCGUCUUCGCACUUUUCGAUACUGGAGUGAUGCUGUUUCUUUUGAUAUAUUUUGUGAUAACGCUUUCUGAUCUGGAGUGCGACUACUUGAAUGCGAGGAUGUGCUGUUCCAAAUUGAACAUAUGGGUCAUUCCGAUGCUCUUCCUUCAAACCGUCUUAUCCGUGACACUAUUAUUUAUGAGUCAUUGGAUUCUGUUCUUGGUCAAUCUGCCCGCAAAUUCAUGGAUGUUAUACGAGUUUUGGAAUGUUCCGAAAGGCAACCUUGGGUUAUACGAUCCUGCCGAAAUUCACAAUAGAGGCCAGUUGAAGGCGCACAUGAAACACUGUUUGAUUCGUCUGGGUAAUUUCCUGAUCCUGUUCUUCGUUUAUUUGUAUUGCUGCAUUUCUGCAAUGAUCAAGGACAGCCCUUUGCAUGGUGGACCGGAUGAUCUCGACUUGGGGAUUUGAUAUUGCUCAAGGCAAUUGCCUGUGUUCACUGAAUAUUACGAAGUGCUUUUCUUUCGUAUUCGAUACAGUUUGAGUUGGAAGUCUAGUCGCAAGUCAGCGGUUUUCUGGCGAGCGUUUCGCUUCUGUGAUGGUACCAAUGCUUGAGUUCAUUUUACCGAGCUAUUUUCUCAGUGCUGUGUUAAGAAAACAUGGAAUCGAUGUGUGUUCUUAUGUGGCU